UUGGUAGGAAAAGUAAAGGCAUUUUCAACAGCAACACACAAAGGAACUGGAGGAACCCAGCGGGUCAGGCAGCAUCUAUGGAGGGAAAUGGACAGUUGACAUUUCGGGUCAAGACCCUCAAUGAUAUUUUCAGGCUCUGUAAGAGAGCAAGAAACGGCACCGAUGCAACUGUAGAUGGACGCAAAAUGCAGUAAGGCUGAAACAAACAGUUCCGCCCGUCCCGCGGAGGGACAGACAGAACUCGGCUUCCUCAGGGAGCUCCACCACCGGUCGGGCUGGAAAAGUUCUCCGUGUCCAGGCGCCUCCGAACCGCCCGCAAUCCCCAGGCUGCGGGCUCUCCACAACCGACAGCCCGACCGUUGGAAGGCGGCUGUCGCGCGCUGUUGGCGGGACCUGUUGCCGAGGGCGACCGUGACGUGGGCGGGGCUUAUUGGCUUAUUGUUGGCGGGAGUCAAUCUGAUUGGUGGACCAGGUUGCUAAUAUAUUAUCCAUGAAGUGGUUACCGGGGACCAAUCAGAUGUGGGACCUUGUUAUUCUUCACCAGCUGGUACCAUGGCAUUGGAGAAAAUUAUCCAUGACUCAUUAGCCCAGUUUGUUCACUCGUACAUCCCUGAUGCUGAUCUCAGCGUUAUGGAUGAGGUAAUUCUUUCCUACAUCACUGGUGUGCUGGAGGAGCUUGGAUCUCCAGACUCAUCUGAAGAGAAUUUUGAUGUGGAAAUGUUUGUCGAAAUGAUGGAGGCCUACAUUCCAGGCUUUGCAGAAAUAAGUAGUGUCGCUGUUUAUGAGAUGAUGUUUGAUUUGGCUGCACAGCUGGUGGAAGCCCGUAACAAAGAAAAUGUUCCUCCUCCUGCAGGCUCGCAAGAUACCACAUCUUCUUUGAACAAGCAGCCAAGUGACAGGGAACAGAAGACAUCAAUGGAAUUGGAAAGCAGUUUGGUAGCAGGAGUAGGAGCCACUGCAAAGGAAAGCUGCGAUGGAAAGGAAGAUGGGGUCCAGCUGCUUGUCGAGAUGUUUCCAUCCUGCAGUAUAUCCACCAUGCAGCAUGUUCUAUCUGUGGCGAAAGGCAACUUGGAUUACGCUGUGCAGUUAAUAAUGGAAGGGGCAGUGGAGCAACCUGACCCUGCAACUUCAGAGGAAAAACAACCAAAAACAGAUGAUAAGAUUAAAGCCAGCAUCUUGGAGAAAUACAUGAUGGUGGAUGAUGAGGAGGAUGUCAAAAUUCACAAGCCUAUCGCACCUAAAGAGGCUCCCAAAAAGCUGAUUCGAUACAUAGACAACCAGGUAGUAAGCACAAAGGGUGAAAGAUAUACGGAAGUGAAGAAAACUGAGAGUGACGAGAUGAAGAAAACUUACAUCAAUCUUAAACCAGCCAGAAAAUAUAAAUUUCACUAAGAUGCUGAUCAAGUAUUUCACAGUCAUUUGUUAUUUCAGCAUGGGUUAUUCUGGACUUUAUGCCCCAUUUCACUUGAAUUGAGCACAACUCAGUCCUUCAUUAACUGAUUGGGUAGAAGUAGAAGGAAGUACUACGUGCUGCUUUCCACCAGUACAAGAAACUGAUUUGAACAUUGGUUCCCUUGAAAUCCCAGCUAUGUUUUUCUCCCACAUAUUGCAGUGUUGUGGUGUAGCACUGAGUUGCUGUGGUCUGGAUUCUGCUUCUGGUAGCAAUCAGAACACAGUAACAUACUACUGAGUACAUCAUGGUGUGCUGAAACUGUUAAAGGUUCAUUAUCUAAAUAUGUCUAUUUAAAUUUGAUUUAAAAACUUUAAUAUCUGUCAGGGUUUAAAACCUUGUGAAGCUUUUUACUUUUGAGCUUGAACUGCAAAUGAGUGUAUUUAAAAUUCUGUGCUCUUCUGUCCACAAACUGAAUGGGCCAUGUCUAUUUACAGGGGCUACUGUUUUACUGUAUCCUUGUAGGUAGGAGAAAUGCUGCGUUCACACUGCAUGUCAGGUGGGGGAAGUUCUAACAUACGUCUGUGACCAUUUGUGCAUCUUAAAUGGACUCUCCAGUCAUUUUAUAAAGGUGUCUCAUAGAUGAUCACACCCAGUCUCCUCAGGGUGGACAGGUCAAGUGUGCUGGGUUAUGAGUUACGGUUAAGCUAAGUUACUCUACUAAUAUCCUUCAAAAUAAAUAGUAAAUGUAAUGUGGAGUUAUCUCGUGAUUUUUAAUUAUUUCAUGUUGCUUGGUCUAAAAUCAGGUUUUUGUUAAUAAACAUAAUUAUUGGUUAAAUAAUGUUGAUAACACCUUCCGUAGCCUCAAGGAAGUUGUACUAAAUAGUUAAUGAAAACUGAUUUUUUUAAAAAUGGCUGAAAUCUCUUCAGAUCUGUUCAACAACUGGUUCAUAGUAUUUUUAUGGCAUUUUACAAAUCAACAUUCUUAAUCAUUUAAAAUCUCACUACAGUGACAGGCUUAGUGCAAGUUACCGGUAUGAUGGAGGCUGUUGCAUUCUCUUUUAAAGUAAAUCUCCUGUGUGUCUCACUAAAUCACUGUAUCUGUCUGCAAACUGUGGCAAUCUAUAAAUUACACUUGUCAUUGUAGUUAUGUUUAUGCGUGUGUAUGAUAGUGCCCUUUUGA